AUGGCAUCAUUUAAGUCAAACACAGAAAGGAGAAUACUUCAUGAUCCUACUCCCCUGGAAAAAUCUGAAAACCAGUUUAACAGAUACAAUCAGGGAGCAGAAUGGUGGCUAUCAACCAGGCUCUGGGUAAACCAGAAGAUGUUGGUCAAAGGCCAUAAAGCCUCAGCUAUUUCUGAUGUGAAGUUUCACACAUGUGGCCCUGGAGAAACGGAAACUGGAGGUGGCUGUGUAGGCCAGCUCUCCAUGCUGCCUCCCCCACCUCCAGGCAGGCCAAAGGUCACCGCAGAGCUGGUCGGUUCUCGGGUACUUUGUAGGUGUGCUUUUGAUGUUUCCCCUGUGAACAACUCGGUAGGCUUUCUCAUAGCCUGGUCUAGGCUUUCUUCCCAAGAAAUCAAAGAAGAGCUGAGACAAGAAAGCACUGUUCAGGCAUUCUCGCUUUUAGAAUUUGACGGCAUAAAUCUCAGACUUGGAGACAGGAUAUUCUGCAGUGCCUCCGUCUUUUUCUUGGAGAAACCCGAUGUGCAAAGUAUAGCUGUCGAAAGCCAGGGAUUUUUUGCAGGAAUUAAGUUAAAACCUGAACUAAGCACCAUCCUAGAAGAUGGAAAGGACCACCAGCUGAGGAUAGAGAGUACAAUUCCUAUUGUUUGCUCUGAAUUUAGUGAGCUUGAUCAAGGAUGCAAAAUCUCUCUAAAACUGAAAACUGUCGAGCAAGAUAAGGAGCACCUAGGCUUCAAUUUGGCAUUGUCUUCCUGCCACGUGGACCUUCACCAGGAUUCCUGUGCCAAUGGCAUAUGCAGCCACGCCAUAGUGUACUACACUGCUGUGACAGACCCUUCCCGGGAUGGAGAGAGAGUCACACACGUCCUUGUGGACCCGAUAGUUAACGAUGUUUACCUGUGGGACAGAUACACUCCAGACAGCGUCCAGAUCAAAGUCAAGGACGUCCCAUCUGCUUACUGCUAUUCAUUCACUGACCCACACAUAAUCACCUUUGAUGGCAGGGCAUAUGAUAACUUCAAGACUGGAACAUUUGUGCUUUAUAAAAGUAUGUCGCGGGAUUUUGAAAUCCACAUACGUCAGCAGGACUGUGGGAGCCUUCACUAUCCGGUGUCAUGUAACUGUGGCUUUGUUGCAAAAGAAGAAGGGGACAUUGUUACCUUUGACAUGUGCAGCAGCCAAUUACAUGAAUCCCCACCGCAUUUAUCCGUAAAGAGCCAAAAUUCAUCAUCAAACAAUAUCAGAAUAACUGAAGCUUAUUUGGGAAGAAAAGUCACGAUUUGGUUUUCCUCUGGAGCGUUCAUCCGGGCUGACCUCAGUGUGUGGGGUAUGAGUAUAACACUCAGAGCUCCUAGUGUGGACUACAGAAGCACGUUGGGGCUCUGUGGCACCUUCGAUGAAAACCCAGAAAACGAUUUCCACGACAAGAAUGGGAUCAAAAUUGACCACAACGUCAACAGUUAUAUUGCUUUUAUCAAUGAAUGGAGACUUUUACCAGGGAGAAGCAUGUUUGACAAAAUCCCAGCUUCCCCGCAGUUUCCGGCGAAACCAUCUUACUGUGGGUGCUGGUUGGGUACCGCCUUGCAGCAUGGGCUCGCUAACCAUCUGGACAGCAGAUCUCACUUAGAGAUGGCUUCCAGCUGCAAAGACAUAAAGCACAUCCAGUCUUCUUCCUUGAUACCAGACCUAGACAUCACCUCUGAAUACAUCAGUUCAGAAGCUCUUCUUGGAAAAGUAAGCACUCGUGUAGCCGAGGAAGAAAAUAAUUUGAAUUUCUUACUACCAGAAAAUGCCCACACAAACCUAACAAAACUGGAGUUAAAUUUACAGCAUCCUGGGAAUGAGGAUCCACCAAACCGUUUGAGCAGCGAGAGGCACUCGCGGGGCCAGUUAAUGAGGAGGAAUCUACAAAACAGAUGGAAACGACAAAACUUAAAGGAUUUUCUUCCCAAGCUUUCUUUCCAGAGUCUUGGACAAGCCAACCUGGAAGAGCUUUCUUAUUUUUUCCCUGAGGACCACACUGAGGUCAGCCAGCAGGAGUUCGUCCCCUCAUGGCCCACAGCAUCGGGCCUCACUGAGCUCAGCAGCUGGGCCCUCUGCGAGCAGACUCUCGCCAACUCCAGCAUCGGAAGGCUCUGUCUCCCGUUCCUUGGCAGGAUGCUAAACCACGUUACGGACAUGUGUGUGAAGGAUAUUCUGUUGAAGGACGACGUGAGCUGGGCAGAAGCCGGGGUGGCCCUGUUAGAAAAUGAAUGUGAGAGGCGGGUUUUAGAAGAAGGAAAACACUACAGUGAAGGCUACAGGAAGUCAAUAGGAGGCAUUCUCCAAGUGUUAAGAUGCCCCAAUUUGUGCAGCGGACACGGGCGGUGUGUGGAGUGGGGCUGUGCGUGUUUCCCGGGCUACAGCUCCUCUGACUGCAGUCAUUCAUUCGACAUAUCUCCUGAAAUUACAGAGCUAGAAAACGCUGGAUUCUGUGAUGUCCAGAAGCAGAAUUGUGUCACAGUGAGAGUUUUUGGUCAGGGCUUCAAAGAUUCACCAUCUGUCAAGUGUGAAGUUACUAAACUGGAGUAUGAUGGCAGUAAAUGGGUACUUGGAGAAAGCGUCUACACAGAGACAGUGUUUCAAAAUAGCAGAGUGGUUGACUGUCGGCUGCUCACAGAUGGCCAGCAUUCUGAUGCCAUGGAUCUGAUGGCGGAGAAACCCUUGGCAAAGUUGCAACUGAAGGUAUCUAAUGAUGGUUAUGCAUUCAGUAAUCCCAAGAUAAUGAUCAUAUAUAAUGGCACUUGUCAAGCUUGUGGUUCCUAUGGAGAUGACUCAUGCACUGUGAAGGAUAAUGUUUGUGUGAUUGAUGGUCUCUGCUACACUGAAGGGGAUAAAAAUCCUAUCAGUUCUUGUUUGAUUUGUAAACCCCAAGUUUCAAAUUCUACAUGGGCAGUUUUAGACAAUAAUAAGCCUCCUGUGAUCCAAAUUCUGCAAGACAAAUUACAGGCAUUUUAUGGGGAAGACUUUGAAUACCAGCUCACAGCCUGGGAUCCGGAAGGCUCUGAGAUACAUUUUACACUGGAUUCUGGUCCUGAUGGAGCAGGCAUUUCCUCUAAAGGACUUCUGACAUGGAAAACAGAGUCACAGACUCCUCAGAAAUUCAUUCUCCAUCUUAAGGAUGACUGUGAGGCUGAAACUACAGUCAUAAUGGAGGUGACUGUGAAGUCUUGUGACUGCUUGAACGGUGGAUCAUGUGUGUCUGAUAGAAAAUUUCCUCCUGGAAGUGGAGCAUACCUGUGCCUCUGCUUGCCUGGUUUCCAUGGCAGUCUUUGUGAAGUUGAUGCCAGUGGGUGCCAGUCAAACCCUUGUGGUCUUGGCAAGUGCAUUAGAGAAUUACACAGUUACUCCUGUGACUGUCCUCCUGAGUUCACAGGCAAGAACUGUGAGAGAGAUGUUGAUGAGUGCGAGUCCUGGCCUUGUUUCCCAGGUGUGGAGUGCCUCAAUAUGUUUGGCUCCUAUCACUGUGGUCCAUGUCCAAAAGGAUUUCAUGGUGAUGGAAAAACAUGUCAUGAUUUGAGUUUUCAACCAUCAUCGAAGAAGCAUUUAUUAACGAGUUCAAGUUUUACUCAGAGUCCUGAAACAACUUCCAACGAGUUCUUAAACUCAAGAGGCACCUCUCCCUUGUCAACAAAGUCAGUUACAGCUCAAAUGGAUAAUGCAAAGAAAGGCGUUUCUCAUCACAGUCCAGUUAAUGAGUAUGUCGAUCACGUUCUCAGUACAAAUCUUACUGUUGAUGAGCUAGAAAUUCCUGCACACAAUGGUAGUUUCUUAAAGAUCAGUCCUAACGGUUCUUUCGGUCACGUAAGAGAGCCUGUCCAGAGCACUCUUCAGACAAUGACAGGAGGAAAUAAUGCUCAUACUAGCAAACAGUUGCAAAAUUUUACUGGGCGUGAGCUUACAUCAUUGGCUACCACAGCAAUCACUACAUUGCCAGAAAAGCUUGGAUCAGCGAAAAGAUCAAAUUGCACAGAUUCAUCUUGUUUCCUGGGUGUUUCCUGUGUGCCAACCACUGGUGGUCACUUCAAAUGUGGACGCUGCCCCUUUGGGUAUUAUGGAGAUGGUAUCAAAUGCAGAGCAUUUUGUAGACACUCGUGUGGAAGAAACAGGGAAUGUGUUGCCCCAAACAUAUGCAAAUGUAAACCUGGUUACACGGGUUCCAACUGCCAAACUGCCAUCUGUCAACCUGUUUGCAAAAAACAUGGAAAAUGCAUUAAGCCUAACAUCUGUGAAUGUCCUCCGGGGCAUGGUGGAGCUACCUGUGACAAAGAUCACUGCAGCCCUCCUUGCCAACAUGGGGGCACGUGCUUGCCUGGCAAUCUCUGCACUUGUGCUUAUGGCUUUGUAGGACCAAGGUGUGAGACACGUAAGUAAAGCUCUCUUGUAGUCUGUUAUAAUAAACAUCUCCUUGGUGUUUGUAUGGCCACAUUCAUUUGCCAGUGCUCGCUUUGUGAUCUCUUGUUCUCCUGUUGUUCAUUAGCUCUAUGCGAUCCCGUUUGUCUCAAUGGUGGUUCCUGUUAUAAGCCAAACACUUGCCUCUGCCCUGAUGGAUUCUUUGGUACACAGUGCCAGAAUGCUGUCUGUCACCCUCCCUGUAAGAAUGGUGGCCUCUGCAGGAGAAAUAACGUGUGUGCCUGUCGUGGAGGGUACACUGGAAAGAGAUGCCAAACAAGCGUCUGUGAGCCUGUGUGCAUGAAUGGCGGAAAAUGUGUGGGACCGAAUAUUUGCUCCUGUGCUUCUGGCUGGAGUGGGAAACAGUGCAACACACCAAUCUGCCUUCAGAAAUGCAAAAAUGGUGGUGAAUGCAUAGCUCCCAACAUGUGCCAUUGCCCUUCCACCUGGGAAGGGGUGCAGUGUGAGAACCCUAUCUGUGCUCAGAAGUGCCUUUAUGGAGGAAGAUGCGUGUCUCCUGGUGUCUGUUCUUGCCGCGCUGGAUACUCCGGAGUCAAAUGUGAAAAGAGGAUACAGGUGAAACAUCAUUGAGAAGCGUACUAUUUACAAGCCUCUAUCAUUAGAAAUGAAACUUCAUUCAGAAAGAGUUGAAGAUAACUUUGGAAGUUUAUUUGAACAUUGCUUUAAAAUAUUAUAAAGACCAAAGAAACUAGUAAAAUAGGGAAUGAUCUAAGCUGUCAGUAUUAGAGAAAAGCAAAGCAAGAACUCCAAGUAAAAUUUGAAUU